UGUCUGUAACUCGCCGUCGUCACGGCAACGCGGUUGCUAGGAGACGAGAAGCUCUGGCCUAGUGCUCGAUUGGAGCCUGAGGCCUGUGCGCCUCACUCUUUAGAUGUUUUUAAGAGCCAUUUGUGCAAAGUAAGAAAUACAUUUAAAGUUAAAAUUUGAAGAUAAUAAAGGCAGGGACAUGGCCGGGAGGGGUACCGAAGGCGGUUUAUGGGCGCCGGCCGGCGCGGCCUUCAGUCCGGCUACCCGAGAUCUGCUGAGAGUGAUGAUGAAAGAGGCUCGCCUGACGAACCUCCAGCAGAGACACCUCACCGCCAAGAUCGCGAAUGGCGAGAGCCUGCCGCUGAGCAGCCAUGCGCCCACCAGCGCCAGGCGGUACAGAAAGCCACCGCCACAGGCUCGCUCCACCGCGGCCUCCAGGGGAAGGCCUCACCUACGACCGGCGAGUGACUGCAUGGCCGGAGACGCCUACAAGAGGGAGCAGUACCGCCCAAAGCCCGGCAAGAACACCGAGGCCGAAAAGCAGCGGCUGCAGAACUUGAUGGCGACGGGGCGAGCUGACGAGGAAGGCGGGACCCAUCGACCCCGGCAGCCCAGGACCCCUCCGCCACCGGAGCCAGAGCUUGACAGAUUCACGGAGUUGAUGGAGGAAAUUGAGGAGCGUCGAGUAUUCCUGCAGGAAAUGGAGGCGUUAGGUCGGAGCAAGCAGUACGCGCCUCUCAUCCACUCGCAGAUCUCGCAGAAAAUCCGCGAGAUGGAGGAUAUCGACCGCAAAAGGACGAAGGAGCUCACAGAUUUGGUGGAAAAAGAUGAGGAGCGGAACUCAAAUCAUGAUGGCAGAGUCACAGUUGCAGAGUGACCUCGCAGUCCCUGCAAUUGCCACGGAGAUGGGUCGAUGUAUAAACAAGAGGUUUCACUCCCAGUGAAGCCACCCAUGGAAUUAUCAGAGUUGUGACACGUGCUGUAGAGCAGACCUUACAGGUCCUGUGACAUUGGGUGAGACUAGGCCCAGGGCUUUUUGCAGCCGGGUCUUUUCGGGUCAGCAACCUAGAAAAGACUUCUGCAUCCGGGACACCACAUCGAGUAUACCUCUCACUCCGGCUGUGGCUACUACCAGUCACGUGCCACUUGCCAGCCUAACAGUCGAAAAAUAUUGAGUGAGAAAAUUAAACCCCAGGUAGGGCAUUGUAUUGUUGUAUCAGCCCGAAUACCAAGUUGUUAAAAUAUAAAUAAAUUUGAUUGUGUAACUGAAUCUUAAA